AUGGACUCUACCACCCACGCUGUGACCACUUUGGCCCUCCCUGAACCCAAGGACGGGAAUGCUCAGGGCGAGCUUCCCUCGGGAAGCCUCUAUGCUAUCAUCCCUGUUCACUCUGGACGAUACGACGUCGGUAAACGGCAAUGUACAACGAUCCCAUGCCACGAUCGAACCAGGGCUUUAUAUGACAGCAAGAACACCAGUCAUUGGUCGGCGUACACACACCCCGAGGGCAAGACCUACUUUUGUCGCAAUGCGCAGCUUCGCGUCGUCACCGACUCGUACUUGUAUGACCAAUCGGUGGUCGACAAACUCCUGCCAUGGAUCACACGCGUUGAGAAAAUGGUGGAAGACAAGGCUUUCACUCUGGAUGAUAGCAUGGAACUCUAUGUCCAGAUGGAAGGCGAAGACUGCAACUAUUAUUUCGCUGACCACGCCGCUCGAGCCAUCUUUUGGCUGGAAUCCUUUGAAACUUCGGAAGUCGGCUUGCUUCCUGUAGUCUCCGACUCCCACCUCAAGCUCCAACUUGAGGAACAAUACUGGGUGCACCUCGAGUACUUCUCCAUGCAUCCCAUCAAGUUCAACUCGAAUAUCAUUGAGGAAACCAUCAGUCACUUAACCCACGGUUGUGGAGAUCACCUCACCUCCAAUUCGUCUACGUUCCCGUACGACAUCAAGGAGUGCAGACGCUUCUUGAAGCUGCUAAUCCCCUGCCGUGACCACCUCUACGAUGGCAACAUCAUCAGCCUUGUCGCUCGCUUGAGCUCGGUGAUCACAACUAACCGGUACUGGACCCACUAUGGGCAAGAGCAACCCCGGCUGGGUCGCACUUGCGCAAUCAUGGCGACUGACGACCGGGAAAUUUCUUGGACACAGCCCAUCGUCUCUACCCUUUCUCUGAGAUCUUCAGACUUCUUUUAUUCCCGAUUGGGCGCGAUCUUUACCGACAGCUAUGUCUAUGAAGCUGACUGGCGGAAGUUCAUGUCCCAAUCCGUCAAUAAAUGGAAGCGAGUAUUCGCGAUGUCCUUGGGUCUAUUGUUCUUGCACAUAUUCUGCUUUUAUCUCCCAAUCUCCCGCACUUUGGCAAUUAUUUCUGGAAGCUGCCUUGGUUUCAGCCUACUUGUUUCCGGUUUCUUGAUACACUAUCUGGAAGAUGAGGAAGAAGGCACCGCUACCAAUGCUUAUAAUUUCUUGUCCAAGCACCGAAUGCCCAGGUUCGGGUACCAGGGCACUGCCCUGCUGUUCGGACUCCCCCAAGCGUUCAAUCUUUGGGGUCUUGUCUUGAUGUUUGCCCAAGUUUUCACCUUCACCGAGCCGCUUUACAUUGCCAGCUCCAUCUCCAUCUCCAUCAUUGCUUUCGUUACGUUCAAGCUCGCUCGCCGCUUCCGCCGCAUCUCGAUGUUUUCUCCAACAAAAGCUCCCGAGAACUCUCUUCCGCCCGUCUAA